AUGGUGGCAAAUCGGCAGAAUCCUCGAGUCUACGCUGCGUUGGAUGCUGUCCUACCGCACAUCGGAAGCCUGGAGGACUUCGAUAGCCCACAUCCGGAUCCCGACAGCGUGGUGGUAACACAAGACAGGUGGUGUAUGUACCGCCCAGCGGCCAGGGACGAUGGAUGGAGAACUGCCGAAAACCUUCACCUGGAUGUCAAUCCUUGGACAUACGCUGGCCUGAAAGCCACUGAGAUCGAAACACUCAGGUACGGCACGGAAGAGUUCAGCGACCAUCGCUUUCCCUUGCAGGACUUCCGAGCGGAGCUCACGGCUGUUCAAGGCCGUGGAUGCCCCACAGGCGAGCAUGUGCAGGGGGUCCUCAAUCUCAUCGACAAUCUCGAGGAGGAUGGCGGGACUCGAGUUGUGCCCGGCUUCCAGCACAGCUUCAUGCAGUGGUUGCAGAGUUUAGGAGCCAUGGAGGACAACCUUUCUCAAAGCGGCCAGCAUGACAACUGGGUCCUUCGACGUGCGGCUGGUGGGGGAAGCUUCAAGUUCUCCAAUCUAGACCCCAUCCACGCCCUGUCCAGGCGGAUACCCAUGCGUGCGGGCAGCUUCCUUGUGUGGAAUCAGCUGGUCGUACAUGGCAGUUGUGCCAACCGAUCCAACAACUUCAGGAUGGCCCAGUUCAUCACUGGAUUUCGAGCAGGCGAGAUGAGCCCAGAGCGCGCCUGGGCGCGUGCAGCGGCCGUGCAGCGGCUCUGCGCCGGCUUGCCGCUGUCUCCUCUCGCGCCGCACGUCUUCGGCUUCUCCGAGCCGGGCGAGCCGAGCGAGCCUCGGAGGCUGGAGCCGGUCUCCCUUGCUUCUCGGGAGCGGAUGGCCUGCGAGCAUGUGCUCGCUUCCGCGAGAAAGGGAGAUGCAGAGGGGCUGCUGAAGGCAUUUGAAGAUUUUCACCUGCACUGUCGCCCCCUGCUGCACGUGGGCGAACGGAAGGGGGAGCAUCUCGAUGCCGCUGUGCGAGCACGGAGGCCUGCUCGCGCACUGGAGUUGGGGUCGUACCUGGGCUACUCUGCCGUUCGCAUUGCGCGCUGCCUACCCGAUGGGGCACAACUGUACUCGGUGGAGGAGAACUGCCAGAAUGCCAUGUUUGCCGAAGCAUCAGUUGAGCAUGCCGGACAAGAAGCCAAAGUGGUGGUUCUGCGGGGCACAGUGGAGACGCUGAAGCAGAGGCUGCUAGAGCUGGCGCCCUUCGACUUCGUCUUCUUGGACCACCAGAAGGCUCUGUAUCUCGAGGAGAUCCAGCGCCUGGAGGCCUGGGGGCUCAUACAAGAAGGGACAGUCAUUGUGGCGGACAAUAUCGGCGGCUGCAAUCGCGUGGACUGCCGUCGAGUGACGUGCGGCUGUGCUUACGCAAACUACGUCCGGUCAUCGGGCCACUACCACUCGCACUUCUACUGGGGCUCGAGAGAUGGCAUCGAGGUCUCCUGCGCAAUCCCGAAGAUCCCCGCUGGCGGGGUUGGAUGUGUGGUAGUGGAGACUUCAGAAGGAGAUGGCAGGGUAGCUGGAGGCAACACGCUUUCGGAUGCCUUCGACCUGCGAUGCGCUGCGGGCUGGCUCCGCUUGUGUCAUGCCACUGAGUGUGCAGCAAGUCUCAGCCUCUGGUUUCGGAGAAGUCUUGGGGAAGUCCCAGAUGAUUCGUGCGUCGGCCCCUACGUCGUGGAUUUGGCCGUGUGUGCAAGUGCCUGCUGCUUCUCUGCAGCGAAUGAGUUGAUGGAGCUGAGACUCCGGGUCUUGCUCAAGGAGUACCUCAGGCUGCGGACGCUUUCCCCCUUGGAGGUGCAGACGUUCCCGGACUUUAUGGCUGCCGGAGCACUGGCCUGCAGCUUUUAUCGCUUCUGUGAGUUUAACGUGCGACAAUCUGAUGCCGAUGCAAAGGCGAAAGACAGCUACAAGCUCAUGGCAGAGAGGGUCGAGCUGCUCCUGGAUGGCCCUGUGCGGAAGGCUGUCGUCGAUGCCCUGGCCGAUGCGGUUGGAGCAGCUGCAGCAUCAUAA